UAAAAAUAAAUACUUCAUUGAUUAGUUCUAUAUAAACGUUUAUUUUAUUUAUAUUUUAUACGAAACUACCAGAGUAAUAUUUUGCAAUCAUGGACGUUUUAUUGACGCUUUUUUAUUUAUUAUUCUCAAUUUGCGUGGUAUAUCCACCCACCGAGUUCGUAUCUGCUGGGUUCACGAUCCCUCAGCUGUUUGAGAAUUACUUGGGUUCGGAAAACAUGAACUUUGUGGGUUAUCACAUGAAGAGGAUUACCAUAACUGCAUUUAUACAUACAAUGUUACCAAUGGGAUACGUGUUGACGAUGUGGUGUGGUGGUCAUAUAGAUGAGUGGCUGGUGUCAGCAUUGGCAGGGUCAUCUCUGGUGCCCCUGAUGAUGAUCUACAGGAUGCUGUGCUGGUGGGAGUACGGCAGCUCGAAACAUCCAGCUGUGAAGCCACUGUUGCCUUAUGUUCAGCCUGGCCAAGAUUGGAGGGUGGUGGCGAAUCUUCUCAAUACUGAGUUUAGAGAAGUGGACAAGGUGACUGUACCAUUGACAGCUACAAGCAAGAUUGUAGCCACAGAGCACUGGCUGAUAAAAGUUACCCAGUACAAACUGAACAUUAUAGGACAGAGUGAGUGCUCUCUAGUGGCCACUGCUACUGACAGUCACAACCUGACGCAAACAGGAGAAGAUGAGGUCCAAUAUGUGAACAUCGUGGUGAUACCCACUGACGAGGACUUGGAGCGGUUCACCUUCCGGAUCUCGACGAUAGCCCUGAGGGACCUUCAGCCGCGGCUGGCGAACCCCGUGCGUGUACCGGAGCACAUUUCCCUGCUGCCAACCCUCAUCGAGAGGUUUAUCGCUGUAUUUAAACUUAACAUUGAACAGAAUCCUAUAUACUUUGUUGACCAGGAGCUGGAACUCUGCAUCGGUUGCAUGCAGAAUCCAGCGGAUGUGAAGAUCACACGCCGCUGCUUCUCACCACCACCGCAGGCCGGGAACGGUCCACAGCAGUGUCAGCAAUGCAACUGCAGGGUGCUGUGGUGCGCGUCGUGCAUGGCGCGGUGGUGGGCCACUCGUGCUACGGGCCCGCCCGAUGGCUGGCUGGGCGGUCGCUGCACGUGCCCCGUGUGCCGCGCUCACUUCUGUCUGCUCGACGUGUGUCCGGCGCGCCGCUCGCAGUCCACCUAGGCGACUACGUGCCCAUUACGCUCGCUACGGACAACGACAACACCCUAGCUACCAUUUAGCCUCUUGUCCCACCGACUGAUGCGUUGCUAGUCUCUAGUUCCACCAACUAAUGAGUCGGUUCCCUCUAAGUGCCACUAAGUUACGCGACGCUAGCCUCUAGUAUCUAAGUAACGUGACACUAGUGACUCAUGUGUCUUAGUAACGUGACGCUAGUCUCUAGUUCCACCAACUAAAGCAUGGAUAGUCUCUAGUACCACCUACUAAUGCGUGGCUAGCCUCUAGUACUAUCACUUAGUGUGUAGCUAAUCCCUAACGUCAUCAACUAGCUCGUGGCUACCCUCAGUGUCACCAACUAACGCAUGGCUAGUCUCUAGUGCCAUCAACUAGGGCGUGCAUAAUCUGUAGUGCCACCAACUAACGCGUUGUUAGUCCCUAGUGCCACCAACUAACGUGUUGCUAGCAUUUAAUACCACUAUAAUAUCUUACGUCGAGUCUUGAACAUCUACGUAUUAUUCAAUUAUACAUAAUUAUAACAAUCGGUGUCUAUUUAUGUAAGCAUAAUUGAUAAGAAUAGUAAGGCAAUGAGUCUAGUGCCACUACCCAUGGUAGGUUCUAACAUCUAGUUCUAAGUUAGUGUCAUAUUCUAGAACUAUAUUUAGCGUAUAACGCAACAGCCUAGUGUGUAGUAUAUAUGUUAUAUUGGAUGGAUGUUUGUUACUCUUUCACGCAAAAAUUACUUAACGGAUUUUGAUGAAACUAUACAGUAAUAUAGCUUAUACAUCAGAAUAAUAACAUACUAUACAUGCGGAUAUAACCGUGGGCACAGCUGAUGUUAACUAAUAUCUAAAUGCUGGUUGAAGCUCUUUGGGAACAGGGUUCUGGAAGUGGAUACUUUGAUAGAAGAAUUAUUUUUAGGACUUUCUAAAAUCCGAUUGAUGUCAAUUCUUUGCUGUAUAUGAAAAACUUAUGAGGUAAAAUUAUCGAUGUAGUUUAAGAAUCUUCAUGAAGUAGUUAUAUCCUUCUCCUAGCUAUUACUAAUGGUU